AUGGCUCCAAAGGGGAGUAGUGUCGCGUGGGACCAUUUUGUGGUCAAGGACAAGGAUCAGUACAUGGCCGAGUGCAAAAUGUGUAAGACUCAGUUAAGUUUUAAAGGUUCUGUGUCUAACUUGACAAAACAUUUGAAAAGGAAGCAUCCUUUGGUCAAUUUAGUGCCACGAAAUUCUUCGACGUCAGCUUCCAUAUCGCUUAACUCGGAAUCACCAUCAUCACAGGUGGCAACGGCAACGACUUCAUCAAGUGAUACGACCGAUUAUCACCAGCAGCUAGUACCAGUAAUACUGGUACAGUGCGUGUAG